CUAACGGCAACAUCUCGCUUUAUAAAACGCGCACAUAUAUAAAUAUAUGUCAAACAUAUUCCUUCUUUUUUCGCAUGUUGCCUUUAUACGAACUGCAUUUACAUAUUAAACACCACGUUCUUAUACCACCGUAGAGAGUUCAUUGGAUUAAAGAAUUUUCUUUUACUGUCAUCUUCCUUUUUUUCUCUUCUACUUUACUUUCUGCCGCUGCUAAAAACGGGACGAAAAAAUCAUUUAAGUUCUGGCAGUGAUGCAGAUUCUUAGCCAGUUGCAAUAGAAUAUUCAAGCCGUUUAGAUCAAGUGCAAAAUAAAGGAAGAGAAGUGCUUGCAAAUUUGUGAAAUAAAAAGAUUGUGCAAUAAAAAAGAAAGAAAAUAAAAAUUCAAUUAUCAUUAAUUUGCUUAAUACUUUCUGUGAAAAAAAAAAAUUUGUUUGCAGUCAAAUAUUACAUAAAAUAAAAAUCUAUCUCGUGUAUGUGAGAUAAUUCAAGAGCAAAUAUGAACCGAAUAAUAUUACUCACGACACUUUUGCUUCAUUUCUCGAGUGCAUCAAGCAGAGAGACAAUAGUAUCGAUUGACGAUAAAGAUAAAACACAAUAUCAUGAAGUGAAUUUUGACACAAGAUCCUACAAUUUUGGCUAUGAAGUUGGAACAAAUAGACAAUUUCAUCAUGAAGUGAGAGGAAAUGACGGUGUAACAUACGGAUGCUUUGGGUAUUUUGAUCCUGAUGACAAGUUGUUAAUGACACACUAUGUUGCUGAUGCACAUGGCUAUCGGCUUAUUGAGUCUAAAAAACCGGUUAAGAUUUAUCCUGUUGUUUCUGAUCCAAAGUCGCCGAGUCUUGAUAAAAGCGAGAAUUCAAUAGAACCUAAAAUGAUUCUUACAGAGUGGAAAGAUUUAUACUUACCGAAAGGCUGUCGUAUGAUAGAGGAUGGACACUUUAGCAACAAUCGUAAUAAUGCAGACAGCAAUGAUCUUAGAAAUAUUCCCUUACCAGGAAUUGGAAUAACACAUACGCACAACAACCCUACACAAACUCAAUUAUCACACGGAGCUGGAAUUGGUGGACAGUUCACUGGUGCCUUUGGCAACACGGGUUCUUUCAAUUUAGGUCACGGAAAUGUUCCUGCACAAAACACUAAUACACAAUCUAAUUCACAUCCUGAUUUUCCAUCAGAAGGAUCUGAUGAUGGAACACAAGACACGCAAGGUAGUUCUGUAGGUGGUAUUUCAGAAUCAUUUGAAAAUCAUAAUCAUAAUCCAUCAUCAUCACCUAACCAACCACAAGAAUCAUCUCAUGGUUUUGAGCAUGGCGGAGCAUUUUCAUUUGAUCAUAUUACAGGUGGACAUCAUAUUGCUCACAAUCAUCAAACUACAUCCAGAAAACCUGGAAAUUAUGAACAUGGUGGUUCAUUCUCUCAUGGUCAUAUCUCAGGUGGACAUCAAAUUUCUCAUAAUCAUGAAACUACAUCGAGAAAACCUGGAAAUCAUCAACAUGGUGGUUCAUUCUCCCAUGGUCAUAUCUCAGGUGGACAUCAAAUUUCCCAUAAUCAUGAAACUACGUCGAGAAAACCUUCGAAACCGACAUCUACAACUCGGAGACCUGGUGGAUCGUUUACAGUUGGAACAGAAAAUCAUCAAUUAGGAGCAACAUGGGGUCAUCAAAAUCAGGGUCAGGGUCAAAAUAAGCCCACAACAACUACUACAAAAAAGCCAGGUCACUUUGAACAUGGUGGAUCCUUUUCACAUGGUCAUGUUUCUGGAGCACAUCAAAUUGGAGCAACAUGGGGUAAUCAAAAUCAGGGUCAAAAUAAGCCCACAACUACUACAAAAAAGCCAGGUCACUUUGAACAUGGUGGUUCCUUUUCACAUGGUCAUGUUUCUGGAGCACAUCAAAUUGGAGCAACAUGGGGUAAUCAAAAUCAGGGUCAGGGUCAAAAUAAGCCCACAACUACUACAAAAAAGCCAGGUCACUUUGAACAUGGUGGUUCCUUUUCACAUGGUCAUGUUUCUGGAGCACAUCAAAUUGGAGCAACAUGGGGUAAUCAAAAUCAGGGUCAGGGUCAAAAUAAGCCCACAACAACUACUACCAAAAAGCCAGGUCACUUUGAACAUGGUGGUUCCUUUUCACAUGGUCAUGUUUCUGGAGGACAUCAAAUUGGAGCGACGUGGGGUAAUCAAAAUCAGGGACAGAGUCAAGGUCAGCAACAACAAAACUCGUCUAAUCAUUUUGAGCAUGGAAAUACUUCUGGAGGACAUCAUACAUCAGGAGGUAAUCAAGGUUCAAAUCAAGGUUAUUAUCCAAGCUAUGAGAGCAACGAAGGAUAUUAUAGACCAGAUAAUAGUGGAAGUUAUAAUCAUCAACCUGGACCUCAUUCUCCUUCCUAUAUUCAUACUUCAGGCCCACAUGGUGGCCAAGGAGGACAUGGAGGUAAUGGUGGCAAUGGAGAACAAGGUAAGUUAAAAAAAAUUUUAGAAUUAAUAUUCUAUUCAUUUAUGUCUUUUGUUUUAGGAGGCUAUGGACCUAACGGGCCUUAUGGACAUGGAUACGAGCAUCAUCCAGGAGGCUACCGACCAGAUCCUAAUAAUCCAGAUGCUAAUUGUAAUCAUUCAAGUCAUCAACCUCAUCCAACCACGCAUUAUCCCUAUCCAACAACAUCAUCAUCAACUCAAAGUACAACUAAAAAGACAACAAAAACUUCUACAACAACAAGAAGACCAAACACUGAACCAACAACAUAUCGACCAACUCCUACUAAACCAACUCAAACUCGCCCAACUCGACCCAACACUUAUCCAACAAGGCCCUCAAGUACACCAAAUCCAACUGGAAGUCAAGGAGGAAAUAUUGGAGUUCAGCCACCUUCAACACGUCCACCACAAUAUACACCAAACCCAGGCCUUAUAUUUCCAGGAAAUCAUCUACCAUUAUUUUUCGUUCCAUUUCCAUUCGCACUUGCUCCUACAUGCCCAUGUUAUUAUAUGCAUUCCCAUAAUAGCAAUUUUUCAUCUCAAUUUCCUUAUGGAAAUGUAAAUGCACAGUGGCAAUCACAAAACAAUCAACAACAGCCACAAUAUGCAUUUGGUCUCAUUCCAGUUUUAUUUGUCCCACAUUGUAUGCCAUCAAGUAAUUAUUCAAAUGAUAUUCCGGGUCAAUAUUUACAAGUGCCAUAUCCAUGUGCUCAAUGUAAUUACUUGCAAAAUCAUCGUGAUGGGCGAGAGCUCUUUAAUGAGAAUAGUAAUGAAGUAUUUUCAUCAAGUGAUAGCUUUAAACAAGUUCUAGCACAAGCAGGUGUUAAUUCUUUGGAUACAUUUUUUGUAAGAUCACCUCCGCGACGAAUGAGAAUGAAAAAAUUGAAACGCGUUCAAAAUAAUCAAGAGCCAAAAGAAAACGAAACGCAAGAAAUUACAUCUGCAUAGGAAUUUAAAAAAUGACUGUAAUUUUUGAAAAUACUCAGAAAUCUUCCGCUUAUUAUCAGAGAUUGGCAAAUAAAUAAAAAUAUAUUUAAACUAUUAACCCAAUCCCUGCUCUCUACACAAUCAUAGAACAUUAAUUAAAUUUCAUAAUUUUUAAUUCUUCGUGGAAAAAUUUAUGAAAAAAUCAUAUAUUUUUAUUUCUUAUUAAUUCUGGCAUUCUUGCUGCAUAUCGUGAUUUUUAUGUAUAAGAUUUUAGCAUGUAAAUUGAUCUGUAAAUUAUAAAAUUGAAAAUAAAAUUUCUUGAUAUCAAGUUAAAUCGAUGAUUCAAA